CUGCUGCUUUGUGGGAAAUGUGUGCCUGUAGGACAUGCCCCCACUACCCCAGUGUUGCUGACAGCAGGCACUUGCCUCCUGUUCAGCUCAGGGCUGUUUGAGGUGAAAGGACUGACAUCUGUGGCAACACUGAGAAAGAGCCUGCCUUGUGCUCUGACAAGUGUUCCCAUCGAGGUGGGGAAAUAAUCAUUCAGCGAGCUGGAGUCUUCAGUAUGUUCAAGAAAUAUAUUUGAAAGGUGGGAAAUAGUAGAAGAAGGUUUCAAACAUCAAGAACUUGUACUUUCUUUGUAAAGCAUCUGUAAAGUAAAAAAGGGGAACCUCAGCCACACUUCAUCAAAAUGCAAAGGAGCAUAUUACAAACAGCAUCUCAGCUGGCUCAUGGGACAUGUUUAUUUUUUUCUCCAACUAAUAUCUUUCAGUGCUUAAAAGAACAAUCAGUCUCAUCUAAUGUUGGAUGCAAAGCAAUUUUGGCACUGAGCCCUCCUAAACGAUGUCACCAUGCAGGUGCAGCACUGUUUGCCUCAAAGAAACGUGCAUUUUCAUCUCAGCCAGCAAACACUCCUCACAAAGCCCCAGAAGAGAGAAAGGCUUUGACUUCGACUGAUGAUAAAUCCCAGCAGAGCCCUGCAGACUCGGUUUCUUCAGACCCUGAUCCAUUACAAGACAAAUCAAUUGGUCUUUUUCAGAGAUUCAAGAAAACAUUUAAACAGUAUGGAAAAGUCAUGAUUCCAGUGCAUCUUUUGACCUCCACUGUGUGGUUUGGAUCCUUUUACUAUGCAGCCAUGAAAGGUGUGAAUGUUGUUCCAUUCCUAGAAUUGAUUGGCUUGCCAGACAGCGUAGUAAACAUCCUGAAAAAUUCUCAAAGUGGAAAUGCACUAACUGCGUAUGCAUUGUAUAAGAUUGCAACUCCUGCCAGAUACACUGUGACUUUAGGAGGAACAUCCAUCACUGUCAAAUAUCUACGUAAAAGUGGCUACAUGUCCACACCACCACCAGUAAAGGAAUAUCUGCAAGAUAGGAUGGAGGAAACAAAGGAUAAAAUUACAGAGAAAAUGGAGGAAACAAAGGACAAAAUCACAGAAAAGAUGGAAGAAACAAAGGAUAAAAUUACAGGAAAGAUACAGGAAACCAAAGAUAAAGUUUCAUUUAAAAAAAUAAAGGACUAGGAAAGAUGCUUAAUUGUUGGAUAUAUCAAACUUAGCACUUUAACCCUUUGAGGCAGGAGAUACAAAGUGCACUUCUGAGUUCCUUUUUGUCUGGAGGCUACAGUUGCUCUGUGGAUUAAAAAUUCUGUACACUCACCAAGGCUUAAAGCUCCCUGGGGGAGGGUAGUUGUAACAUUUUCUUUUAGAAAAGCAAAAGUGAAUCUCAGAAGUUCAUCUGUCCAGUGGCUAACAGUAUCAACACUUCUUCCCCGUUAUUUCAUCAGAAAGGAAGAUCUCUCUUCCGCAAGCACCUUUCUGCUCUUGCACAAUUACCACUUAAUGUGCAAUUAUUACUCUGUCAGAUGAACCUUCCAUUACGCAGGAAAGAAGAUUUCUGUGCUGGGGAAGACGAUAUAUUUUGAUUUUCAGCGUGUGUGUAGCCAGGCCUCUUUAGCCACCGCCACCUCUCAACCCGAGGAGACAGACCRUGAUCGCAGGCACCGCACCCGACGGAAGCGAUGGAAGAGCGGCCGGCCUCUGAAAGGUGUUACAACUACACUGACUUCAGC